AUGCGUGUGCCGUUCUUGCAAGUGCUGGGUGGCCGAGUUAUCCUCUGUGGUUGGCUGAAUCUUGCUAGAGAUUUUCAGCCAGGUGCUGUGAUUGCGGCUGGCAUUCCAUUAGGUGUUUUUAUAUGCCUCAGACUUAUAGGCUUCAGCCCAGUGAUACUGGAGUUGAUUCCCUACACCUACAUGCUUCUACUGACCUGUAGCAUCGUGAUGCUCUCUGCUCUCUGUGAGGUGAUGAUAAUAUGCUUGCUAGUUUGUGACCCCGGAUUUGCCGCUUCUGCAGUUGAUGAAAAGGCGCACUAUUGCCCAGUCUGCAGGCUGCAUGUGCGUGACUUUGAUCACCACUGUGGUAUUAUAGGAGCAUGUAUUGGGGAACGCAAUAUGGGAUUCUUUUUGCUUUUCUUGACAUCUGUAAGCUUGCUUUUGUGGUUAAAUGCAUUUUUUGGAUCAUUGUUGCUGUGGCGUUGGAUCCUAGAGGUUGUGCCAGGUAGCUCUCUUAAGGAGAUGCUACUGGUAGUGCUGAAGAAGGAGUGGUGGCUUGCCUCAAAAAUGAGACCUUUUACAAUGGCUGUUGUGUUUUUCUCCUCUUAUGGGGCUCUCUAUUCGAGUGGGAUGGGAAUCCUUUACUGGUUUUAUCUCUGCAGAGGAAUGUACUCACUGGAGAGGAGGCGUAGACCGCUGCUUCGGGGUAGGGCAAGCACCGUGUUUGAGUACAUAUGGAUACCCCAGUUGACAGGGACAGCGUUGAAGAGAAUGGCUCCUGGUCAAGAUGCAGUGUAA